GGCGGCGCCAUGGCGGGAGCGGAGCGGGGACAGCCCGGGGGACAGCGGGGACAGCCCCGGGGACAGCGGGGACAGCCCCGGGGACAGCGGGGACAGCCCGGGGUGGGGCUGCGGCUGCUGCUGCUGCUGGGGGGGCUCGCCGCGCUGGCCGCAGCCCAGGUGACCUCGGAGGACCAGGAAGUGCCGGAGCACAAACCCGUGGAGCUGCGCUGCGCCGCGUUCCGCUCCAGCUCGGGCAGCGCCCGCAUCGAGUGGAAAUUCCAGAGGGGCUCGUCCCUGGCACUGAUCUACUACGGGGGGGAGCUCACAGAGCCGUACCGGGACCGGGUGCAGUUCUCGCCCACGUCCAUCCGCUUCGGGUCGGUGACGCGGGAGGACAGCGGGAAGUACAUCUGCGAGGUGGUGGGGGAUGGCAGCCACAUCGCCAAGUCCGAGGUCAACCUCAUCGUCCAGGUGCCCCCGGGGAAGCCGCUGGUGCACGUGCCCAGCUCAGCCACGGUGGGUGCCCGGGCCGUUCUGCGCUGCUCCGAGGCUCAGGGCUCGCCCCCUCCCACCUUCCGCUGGUACAAGGACGGCACCGAGCUGCCCCAGGACCCCAAAUCCAGCCCCGCCUUCCGCAACUCCUCCUACAGCCUGGACCCGCGCACGGGGGAGCUGGUCUUUGAGCCCGUGGGGGGCUGGGACACGGGCGAUUAUCACUGCGAGGCCUCCAACAACGUGGGCAGCCCCCAGAAAUCCGACGUCUUCCGCAUGGAAGCCAGCGAGGUGAACGUGGGCGGCAUCGUGGCCGCCGUGGUGCUGCUGCUCCUGGUCCUGGGGCUCGCCGCAUUCGGCAUCUGGUUCGCCCACAGGCGCGGCUACUUCAGCAAAAAAACAGAUGCCGGAGGGAAGAAGGUGAUUUACAGCCAGCCCUCGCAGCGCAGCGAGGGCGAGUUCAAGCAAACCUCCUCGUUCCUGGUGUGACGUCGUCCCCGCCACCCCCCGGACACUUUUUCCCAAUUCCUGGAAUCCCGCGGGAUUUGGGGAAUUCCGCAAGAUUUUACGAGAUCCACGGGAUUUCGGGAAUUCUGUGGGAUUUUGGGAAAUUUCCUGUGGCGUUUGGGAAUUCCCGCCGGGUUUUUGGGAAUUCCCGCAGGAUUUUUGGAAAUUCCCGCGGGAUUUUCAGAAUUCUGCAGGAUUUGAGGAAUUUCCUGUGGGAUUUGGGAAUUCCCGCAGGAUUUUUGGGAAUUCCCGCAGGAUUUUCGCCGCGUUUUUUUUAAAGCCUCUCCGGUGCCUUCGCCGCCGCUGCCUCUGGAAUUUGGGGGUCCCCGUGUCCCCUCUUUGUCCCCUGUUUGUGUCCCCCAUUGUCCCCUCCCAUUCUCCCCUUGUCCCCCUCUUUGUCCCCCCCAUUGUCCCCUCCCCUCGUUCCCCCUUUUU